GUUUGGUGUUGUUUGAAGAGCUCUGUCUGUCAACCCCUUCACUCUUCAGUCUUCACAGUCGCCAGCCACUCCACUCAGAUCGGAGAAAGAAAGGGAGAGAAGAUCUUUCACUCUUCAGCUCCUCGCAUUUCUUCCGGAUCUAAAUCGCCAAGGCGUCGGAGCAAGAUGAUGGGCGAUUUCCUCUCCAGGGUCCUACUGUUGGCCUUUGGCUAUGCCUAUCCUGCUUACGAAUGCUAUAAAACCGUUGAGCUGAACAAGCCAGAGAUUGAGAAGCUUAUUUUCUGGUGUCAAUAUUGGAUUUUAGUUGCGCUGUUGACGGUUUUGGAGCGAUUUGGUGAUUUUACAAUAUCAUGGCUGCCACUGUACUCAGAAGCAAAGCUAAUGUUCUUUAUAUACUUAUGGUGCCCAAGGACAAAGGGAACCACAUAUGUCUAUGAGACCUUCUUUAAGCCAUACAUUUCACAGUACGAGAAUGAUAUCGAUUGCAGUAUUCUUGAUUUUAGAGCAAGAGCUAGUGAUAUGCUUGUGGUAUACUGGCAGAAGGUUGCAAUUGUCGGCCAGACUACAUUCUUUAACAUUUUGAAGUAUGCUUCUGCACAAUCACCAGCUCAUUCAUCAAGGCCACGCCCAUCACAGCCACAAUCAUAUCCACAAAAACAACAGCAAUCACAGCCACAAGAGCAACAUAAGCAAUCGCUGCCCCAGCAGCAACAGCAGCAGAUGCCCCAUAAACAACCAACAACACUUCGCAGAGCAGCAUCUGCUGCUGCUCGAACAGCGGUAACUCUGCAGCAGUCGGAGGAGACAAAGAUUGCUCCCUCUAACCCCAAGGCCAGGCGUCUACUACCAACAAAGUCUGCUCCAACGGCUUCCACAAGGUCCAUAGUUGCAGCAAAGAAACCAGUUGAUGACCUGAAGAACAGCGGAACGGAGCUUGCAGCUGAGCAAGCCCCAUCUCCAGCUAGUAAGGCCGACAUGCCGAGCCCUGAGCCUAGCGCGCCGCCACUCCCAAAGGCUGAAGAUGAUGACAUGUCUAUUGAUGAGGUUGACAUUCCAAUAGAAGACAUGGAAGAUCCUGUUGCCACUCCAGAGGAGACACCAAUGGAGGAGGCAAUUCGAGUGACCCGUGGGAGGCUAAGACAGCGUGUUGCUGCUGUUUCCACUGCAGAUGGCCGUGCAGCAAGUUAAACUGCAUGUCAUUCAUCAUCUGUCUCUGCAUUAUGUUCUUCAGAGCCUUAGUCUGAUCUGCUGUUUGAUUGCAGCAGAUGUCUUGAUUGAUUUGCUUCGGAACUGCUUCCUAAGUAGUUUUUCGCCCACCUGUUUCGCUAAUUCGCUGAUAUGCCUAGAGACCUAGAAGCUGUAAAUAUUGCAGAACAUCUGUAUAUAUAUGUUGGUGACUAUGGGCAAGCCAAUCCUUGUUUGUUGAGCAAUUGAACUUCAAGUCACCUUAUUUU